UAGCUAUGAGAGGGACAGUUUUGGCCGUUACACUAGUCACUCUGUUGACGGGGAGCAGAGGUCAGUCGGUGGAUUCGGUGGUCCGCGAUGCAGUCAAUUCCGCCUUCAGCGGCAGCACUUCGGGUCGAAGAAUUACGGGAGGGACAUUGAUACCUACAGUGAGCACCGGUUCAACAAACCCACCCACGCAGACAACUGGGGGUUCCAGCGCCAUUAAUGCCCACAACAGAUUUUCACAAAGUAACUCUCCAGAAAUGAAUAGAAUGUUAGAUGACAGGUCGUCCCAAGCAUCAACGGCCGCUCGGAAUAUUGCUGCCAGUCCGAUAAUUGCAUCUGGCACAAGAAACACCGAUGAGGCCCACAGAAAAGUGAUUUCCGAUCCUGAGAUUACGGCAAGCUUUCAGAGAGCAAUGGCGCCAUUUUGUUACGAGAUGCCCGUAUGUGAUACACAGAAUCCAUACAGGACAGCAGACGGAUCAUGUAACAAUCUUUAUAACCCCCUCCUAGGAAAAGCCUUCACACCACAGGCACGGAUUCUCCAAAACCAUUAUGAUAACUUCAUAGACACCCCUCGGACGUUGACCAGUAACAGACAAAGUAAAUUGCCCGGCGCCCGUGAAGUAAGUAACGCCGUACUCUCAGGAUCAACGCCAACCAGUUCCAUAUACUCAACAUUUCUGACUCACUUUGGACAGUUCAUCGAUCACGACAUCAUUGCCACACCCUCAAUGACAGAGGGCAACCCACCAAGAACCAUAACUGAUUGCUGCAAUCCUUUAGUAAAUAAAUUUGCCUGUUUUACUAUCCCAGUACCAAGAGGUGAUCCACAUUUCCCUCCUACACAAACCUGCAUGAAUAUGGUCCGCCAUUCUGCAGCUUUACCACUUGGAUGUACAAAUGGUGUUCGUGAACAGCAGAAUCAACGUUCCUCUUUCAUAGAUGGUACAGCCAUCUAUGGUUUCAAUAAUGAACGGGAAAUGGAACUUCGACAGCGCAGCGGUGGGCGACUAAAAACGAGCGAUAUAGUACGGGGUCUACUUCCUCGUGCAACCUGUCCAAUGGGAAUAUCUACUCAAUAUCACUGUUUUAUAGCAGGUGAUCAUAGACAAAGUGAAACGCCUACACUUACUGUUAUGCAUACAAUUUGGAUGCGACGUCAUAAUCUCAUAGCAGACGCCUUAAGGGCAUCCACACGUAUUACUGACGACGAAGUUCUCUUCCAGGAGGCAAAGAGAAUAGUUGUUGCUGAGCUUCAGCACGUGACUUACAACGAAUUCUUACCAGCAGUACUUGACAAAACCCACCUGAAUUACUUCAACCUUCGCUCCAGGCAAUCCGGCCACGAUAGCUACGUUUACAACCCAAGUGUCGACCCAAGAACUUUUAAUGCCUUUGGUGCCGCAGUAUUACGUAUGGGUCACUCUUUAGUCAGAAAUAUUGUAGGACAAGACAAUGGACGUCAGCAAAUUCGAACCUUUCCUCUAAGCAAUCAUUUUGAAAAUCCAGAUCUCAUGUUUUCUCCAAGAAACGGCUUCGAAUUUAUGGCUCGCUGGAUGGCUAAAUCUCCUAAGUCUCAAGCUGACAGCAGCAUUGUAGACGGACUCAGAAACAGACUAUUUGAAGGUACCCCUGGGCAGUUCCCCAGUGAAACAACGUCUUUUGACCUUGGAGCUUUGAACAUUCAGCGUGGCCGUGAGCACGGACUUCCAUCUUACAAUGCCUACAGACAGUACUGCGGGCGAUAUCCAGCCUCUCACUUCGGUACCUCAUCUGGUGGUUUGGUAGAUCAUUCCCCUCAAGAUGCUGCUAACCUCGCUGCUGUUUACAGAAGUACUGAUGAUAUUGACCUUUUUGCUGGAGGAAUGUCUGAGAGACCUAUCUAUGGCGGCAUCCUUGGACCCACCUUUUCCUGUCUAUUUGCCCUUCAGUUUUCUCGUUACAAACAUGGAGACAGGUUCUGGUAUGAGAACGAUGUACAUGAGAACCCAUUGACCGCCUUUACCACAGGGCAACUUGAUGAACUGAAACAAGUUACUUUGGCCAAAAUUUUAUGCUCAGUCGUCAAAGAUGAUGGUUUUAAACAAUAUCAGCCUCGACUUCUUUUACGACCAGAUAUCACAGGAAAUUCCCUUCGGCCUUGCAGCAAAAUAUUGAAUAGAUAUGAUCUUGGAUACGACAUUCGUCCAUUUGCUGAUCAACUGAAUUCGCUGAGAAGCAGACGAACCAGCAGCAGAUUCCCUUCCUUUCCAGGAGCUUUUCAGCGAAGUGCAGCUAGAGGCGGAUCCACGUCUCAAACAAGCAUUCCACCAACUAAUGUUGGCUUCAAAAUCCCUAAUCCUGCUGAUGUUCUUCGAAAUGUAACUUCUACCAGUACUUCCACUGGAAGUCAAGGAGGCGGUGGCGUCGACCCACUACCAAACAAUAGGGGUCAGAGAGGACGAAGAAGAAAUAACCGUAGACGCAAUAAUAAACAAAAUCAAAGACAGGGAACACGUAAAAGAUUUCAAGGAAGAUUUUGAAAUCAAGGAUAAAUGCUUGAAUUGUAAUUUCUGUGAGGG